AGUAUGUAGGGUGCUAUGAUUACGGUCUCAUCCGAGUUUCAGAGUGCGAUCGAUUUUCUCUCGGAAAACUCGGAAAAGUCAGGCGCUGAAUCUGCGGAACUUUGCUGGUGGCGGCCGAUUUUCAAAAUAUGUCUUACUAACUUUUUUAAACUCGUGAAAUAAACUUACAUUCUUAAAUAAAAUAGUAAAAAACUUUCACAUUGUGUUUGUGUGAAUAGUAGUGGAAAUGUUGUAGAUGUUGAGUGAAGUGAAUCGGUUUUUCUGGUGAAAAUUUUCCAAAUAUUUUUACAAUGGUCAGAGUAUUUUUCCAACCGCUUAUCCCUCGGAUGAUGUUUUUGCACUUUGUUUUCUUGAUGGAUUAUGUUACAGCCGACAAAGAAGUUCCUCUUGAUCUCAAUGGAGACAAACUUGGUAAACCAAAUAGCAGUGAUUCUGGAACAACUGCAUUUGCUUCUGUUCCCAUUGCCCAAGUUGACGCAGUAGUUGGAGAUCCUGUAUACCUGCCAUGCGAUAUAUCAACAAUGGAACCUGGUGACCAGGUGUUAUUAGUAUUAUGGUAUAGAGAAGACCUAGGAACUCCAAUAUACAGCAUUGAUGCCAGAGAACGGGACUUCGGUAUGGCAGAAAGAUGGUCAGAUGAAAACGUGUUCGCCAAUAGAGCAUAUUUUAUGCCAGAAAAAACACCUGCAGAAUUAGGAGUAGAUCACAUCAGAGAGACUGAUCAAGCUAUGUAUAGAUGCAGAGUCGACUUCAAAAUUGCUCAGACUAAAAACAGUAGGGUCAAUCUCACUGUCAUAAUUCCUCCGCAGAAAAUGACGAUCAUGGACGAAUCCGGCACGGUUCUAACAACGUUCGUGGGUCCUUUUGCUGAAGGGGCUUCCUUUGUGCUUCGAUGCGAUGUUUCUGGAGCGAAACCAUUGCCGAUAGUGUUAUGGUACAGGGACGAUGUACUAGUUAGUAACGCUAGUGUAUUUUUGGGAAACAAUGGUGGAGUUUCUCAAGUACGUAGUGAAUUACGUGUUAAUAGGCUGGGUCGUCAUGAUGUAGGUAAACAGCUAACAUGUCAAGCAUCCAACAAUCCCAGGACACCACCAUUGACAUCAUCUCUUAAGAUAGAUAUGAAUUUCGGUCCAUUGGACGUGAAAAUUUUGGGAUCCAAUCAACCCUUGUCAGCUGGAAGACGCUACGAUUUAUUAUGUCAAAGUUCCGGAUCUCGACCUCCCGCUAGUAUAACAUGGUGGAAAAACGGCCAAAGAUUCGAAAGGACAAAUCACACGACUUCAAAUGAUGGCAAUACAACAACAAGUAUCCUUACGUUCAUACCAAAAAAAGAAGACGACGAAAAAUACCUUGCAUGUAAAGCCGAAAAUAAAAUAAUAUCCUCCGUUGUUUUAGAAGAUGGUUGGACAUUGGAAAUACAUUAUACUCCAGAGGCGAAAAUUAUCUUGGGCACUUCCCUGAAUCCCAACACCAUUAGGGAAGGCACUGAUGUUUAUUUUGACUGUAUCCUUAAGGCUCAUCCUGCGGUAUAUAGAGUAGAUUGGAGGCAUAACGGAAAACUUCUAAGCAACAACGUGAAUGCUGGCAUUAUAAUUACAAAUCAAAGCUUAGUUUUACAGGGUGUAUCAAGAUCUACAGCUGGUAACUAUACUUGUGUUGGAUUUAAUACGGAGGGUGACGGAAAAAGCAAUCCGUUCUACUUAAACGUACUGUAUGCUCCAAGUUGCAAACCGAAUCAAACGAGAAUCUACGGAGUUGCUAAACAAGAAAGAGCGCAAAUCAGUUGUCAAGUUGAUGCAAAUCCUCCAGACGUGGAAUUUAAAUGGACAUUCAACAAUUCCGCCGAUUCUGUGGAUGUCAGUCAGUCAUACAUAGCGCGUAGUGGAACCGCCAGUGUCGUAUCCUACACACCAAUGACUGAACUCGAUUAUGGUACUCUCUUGUGUUACGCAUCGAAUACAAUUGGUGUCCAGAGAACACCUUGUGUGUUUCACAUCAUAGCAGCUGGUCGGCCAGAUCAAGUUCAUAACUGCACUCUUUUGAAUAUUUCUAUGACAUCUUUUAAUAUAAGAUGUUCUGAAGGAUUCAACGGGGGUCUUCCACAAUCCUUUCUUCUUGAGGUGAGAGAAAGCCAAUCGCAAGAAUUAAUAAAUAACCUUACUUCUCCAGUUGCUCGGUUUUCUGUUACGGGUUUAGCUGCUGGUGUCCUGUACAAUGCAGUAUUAUUUUCUUAUAACGCAAAAGGUCGAAGUGAACCAGCAGUUGUUCAAGCAGCUACUUUGAGGUUACCGGAGAAACAAUUAACAGCAGAAAAAGAAAGCAGUCGUUCCGGUAGUUUUCAUUUUACGCCAAUGAUGAGCAUCCUGAUAGGCGUCGUAUCCGCUCUGUUGAUUGUUGCCUUAGUGGUCAUAAUGGUAUUGCGUAUGCAAUGCACUCAUCACAACGAUAUCCGGUUAAAAGGGCACAAGAACAUCGUGGUAGCGGUCAGCAGGAGUAAUCUGGAACACAGAGGAUCGGGGAGUUUACCAACCCUUAGCGACAAAGGUGGAGGGAGUCCAAUAUCUAAACACGACUCUAGCGCUGGUGAAUGCGAUAGUGAUGAAAAGAAUCCUGACAUAAUACCCCAGUCACUAGAUGAAGAUGAAAGUACUGAUUAUUCAAGAAAAAGACAACACGUCUCCACUAUAGAAACAUCUCCAAAUCGUACUUUACAACAUCAACCUGGAAAUUCAAACUAUAUGGGAUUCUGUACUCUGAGAAACGGCAUACCGUCUCAUGAUUUAUCGGCUCAACAAAAAUUGCUACCUGGACCUCCACAAAUGAUGAGUCCAUUUGCAUCUUGUACCUUGCCACGUCAACCUCCACAACAGUGGCUCUACGGUCCAAUGAGUCAUUUACCCCCAGGUAUGUAUCCAGUGGCAUAUCGAAGUGGACCACACCAAUCGCAACGAUCCCAUCCACAAUCAAGAGAACCCCCUAUAGCACUACAACCACUUUCUACAACUGAAGAGGAGCCUUCAGCUGAAACGCCUUUAGUGCCAAAUAAAAAGGAAAGCACUGUUUGACAAAUCUCUCCGUUCUAAUCAUUAUCAGCAUGCAGUACAAUAAGACAGGGUUUCUCUAAAUAUAAAAAUAUCGAUUUUUUGGUGUAAUGUGACUUUUUCCAAUCUGAACUGAGUGUUAAUAAUAAGGUUAGAAGAUUGAGAUAUGUAAGAUGUAUAUCAAAUAAAACUAGUUGGAUUCAUUAUUAUUGUGAGACAUUUUUCAAUUAUAAAACAAAAAUAGGAGCAUCGACAAAAUAUUCCAAUAUGUAUCGGAGUUUUAAUUCAUAUGAUCAAAACUUGAGUUAUAUUUCAAAUUAUAUAACAGUUUCUGAAUAAUAAUAAAAAAAUAUAUCCAGAAUAUUAAUGCGUUAAUUUUGAACAGAAAGUGAUUCAAUUUAAAAUUAAAACAGAAAGAAAUAUUGAAAUGCCUUUAAGUCCUGUCUAUUUUUUUUGACAAUUUAUGCACUGUAAUGAUAAAAUACUCGAUAGAAAAAAAUUUUCUACAUUGAAUCUACUUUUCGAUAACAUAUUCAGGAAUACUGUCUCACUCUUAUAUUUCACAAUUGAUAUAAAGUUAUAUAAAUAUUAUAGAUUGUCGUGUACUUUUAUUAUCAUGUUGGAAAAGUCUGAAUUAUUGCUUCUAUACUUACCAUAGAAAUCAGACCACUUAACUUUUGACUUUAACUUUAUUUUUUCGAAAUUAAUCAUGAGAUCAAAAAAAAAUAUGCUGUCUGAAAGACAAUUUCAUAUGCUUUAAUGUGAGCAUAAAUUUAUGAAAGCUUACGAGUAUUUCGACAUAAAUAGGGUUAUUGACAAUUUAAAACUAAACACUUAAUUUCUAAUAAUGGGUAUGACCUCCUCUUGCCUAAUAACAGCUCUCAAGCGAUUAGGCAUAGAUCUAAUCAAGUUAGCUAUUGUUUCUUGUAGGAUUUUAAGCAACAAUAAGCUCUGAUAGAGUUUGGGGUAGGACAUCUAGCUCAUCCCAUAAAUGCUCUAUCCUCUGCGACCAAUCCAUAACCCGAAACCCGACUUCUGUACGAUUCUGGUACAAAAAGGUAAAUUUGUCUCCAAUGUAGUCGACGUAAGGUACCACAUGAAUUGCUAAAAUCUCCAAUGAACACCGGGUCCUAUAGAAAUUGCACCUCAGAUCAUGCAGAAACCACCUCCAUAAGCACUCCGCUCUCCAAAGCAGCAAUCUGCAAAUCGCUCUCUUGAUCUUCGGUACACUUUCCUUCUUCGGUCGCUACCAAGGAGGCAUAUUCUGGUUUCAUCUGAGAAUAGAAUAGAUCCCCAUUGUUCCAAAAUCCAAGGUAUUUUAGGGUCAGGUCAUUUUCCUGCAGUCUCUGUUUUACUGUCCACUGACUAAUCGCACCUCACCCCACGGAGCUAUCGUUGCCCUUGAACGGCAUUAGGUGACGAUUUCUUAAUGUUAUUGACACAAUAAAGCGGUCAUCACGAGCAGUUGUAAAUCGUUUUCCAGGUUGCCUAUGAAAGUAUAUAGUCUCCUCAUAACGCUGACACACUCUUCAAACCGCUGCGUGGGUCAAAUCCAAUUUUCUAGCAACAUCUCCUUGGGCAGCUUUUUGUGGUGUAGUAACACACUUGACCACUAUUGAGUUUAUAAAAAACGAAUAAUAUGCAACAAAAAUGGUGAUACUGUUCUUUUAUACUAAUGGUGACGGUGCUCUUAUACAGAUUCCUAAUUACCUUAGUUGGAAACAUCCAGUUUAAUCUCACAACUAAAUUAAGUAAAGUAAUAUAAUCGAUAUCAGAACAAAGUAUUUUACACCUUGUCCAUUUAAUUUGUCAGCCAGUUUAAUAUAGACGCGAAAAUUGUCCCCAGUGUUAAGGGUCUGAAGUUGUUCUAUAUUUGUAUAGAAAGACUUUGUAACCAAAGUACGUAUACAUUAAAAUUAGUUUUACUUGAUAUGCAUACUGUUUCGUAACAAAAUGUAUUUGAUUCUAUAGACUAGAAAUAGAUGCUAUUUAUAUAUUUGUUCACUUAAAUAUAUUCUCAUGUGUAGAUUAUUCUUAGAAUAAUUUCAUGAUUAUAAAAAUUUUAAACAUCUGACAAUCAAAUAAGUCUUAAUUUAAUCCUUAUAUACAAGUAUUAUAUCCCUAUAUAACAAUAUUAUAUGGAAUAAUUUCUUUUUUAAUUCUUUUUAAGUAUGUGAAAAAUUUUCAGGAUAACAAUUAAAAAAUCAGUUAUUAAGGAAAUGCAUGUAAAUGGCAUCUAUUUUUCACCUCUCUAAACCCCAAUGUACCAACAAUACUGUUAAAUUACUUCUAAUCAAGUUUAUAAUUGUUUCAAAAAUCAUUCCCCUAGUAAGCUUGAAGUGAUGUCAAUGCAACUAUUCCAGAAGAUGAUUAAAAAAAAUCUUCAUUUGUAUAUAUAGAAAAAAGGUGUUAACAUAUCUAUUUCUCCUUAAUGUAAAUAUUAACCAAUAUAAAAAAUCACGACCGCAUGAAGGUAGUAAUCCAGAUAACAUUUUUUUCUACAUUAUUUUGUCUUAUUCCAGGAAAUAGGUGCAAUAUAUCAACCUAUUAUAAUUCUCAAGAUGAAAUUGUACAAAUUUUUUGCAAAGAAUCAUAAAAAAUUUAGUGAUAGCCUAUGAUUUGUCAAUAUUUUGAACUUUUAUGUGCUCCACAAUUGAAUAUAAUCAUUUUCCUAUCGAAAUUAUUUGAAAAAAAAAAUAUAAAAAAAAACUAGAUAAUAAAAUAACACCAAUAUCAAUUUUACCAUACUAUUUACACUGUCUUAAAUAUUUCUAUUGUUUCACACAACAUUAUACCAUUUCGGUACUCCUUCCUGGUAAACAAAAUAUAGGUAGUUCAAUGUUUCCCUAAACUUUCAUAAUAGUUGCAGAGAAAAUAGACAUUCGUCAACUUUGUGAAUAAAUAUAAACAAACUCAAAUUUGUAAAAUAUAUCGACAUACGAAAAAAUACUGCAAAUUUACAUCUUUCUCUUAUAAUGGCUUUUUAAAACUUUGUGAAUAUAUAAUGAAUGCAUCAACUAGAAAAAAAUCCUGAACAUGUUCUGUGAUCAGACUCAUGCGCAGUUUGAAUAAACUACGUUCGGGAUUUAAAAUUUUGUAUUCGUGGAGCACAGACUUCUAAUUUCGAACGUGUUCCGAAUACGUCCAAUGCAUCAUUGUAUCUUGUACCUUCAACUUGCGAUUUUUGUGAUAUUUACCACGAACUAUUCCCUAGUCUGUGUUUUUCUAUCUACUUGUAAUCAAACAGGCGUGGUUAUUGACUUGUACGUACAAAUAUCAAGAAUAAAUCUUCGCCUAGUUAAUUAUUCAGUAAGGUGAAUAUUCUAUACAUUUUAUUCUCUUAGCUAGUUUGGAAUCCAAAUUAUAAUCUGAGAUGCUCGAUUUCUUUGAAUCUAGUGAGAUGGAUUUGAAGCAAAGCAAGCUAACAACAAUAGGGUAUAUUGCGAUAUUAAAUAUCACUGAAAGUUUAGACAUGCCACAGAGCAUUAGAAUGUCAAACUAUAAGUUCAUAAAUCGGAUCCAUAAUAAAUAAUUCAUGGAGGAAUGCAUGUCAGAACAUAUUCUAAACAAAGCAUUCACAUUUGAAACGUUGAGAAGACAUUCAGAAUGUGUUCAAAUUAACUGCCACGAACAAAGCUAAUAGUAUGGAGGGUAAAGAGAAUGAGGAAAUCUGUGUACAUUAAAUUGUCCGUAAAUUUCAAAGGAAGUGCCAAAUUUUACUAACGCCAUGGAAAACA